AUGCGCACAAUUCGGGCUGUUGAUGAGGCGGCAUACAAUUAUCUGAACGAGAUACCGCCGCGGUUUUGGACCCUUAGCCACAAUGGUGGUUUUAGACAUGGUCUAAUGACAACUAACAAUUCGGAAUCUUUCAACAACACUUUGAAAGGUGUUCGAUUCCUUCCCGUCUCGGCCAUUGUUAAGGUCACGUUAGAGAAAUUUGCGUUGCAGUUUGCGGAUAGGCGAACAAAGGGAUUGAUGAUGCGUCAAGCCGGGUUGCAAUGGCCAAGGAAAAUUUUAGACGAAAUGUUGGAAAGGGAUACAUACAAGUUUCGCGCAAAAGUUAAACGACACGAUGGCGUUGAGGGGGUCUACGCAAUUGCAAUAGAAGGCGUUGUAACUCCUUCGGGAAGGCCAAAGUUCGAAACCAUUAACAUGCAUGCGGGUUACUGUAGUUGCGGUCAAUGGGCUGUUGAUGGAUUACCGUGUGUGCACGCUCAUGCCGCUUCCCAUUAUGUGGGUAGAGUCCCUGAUGGUAUGGUUCCGGAAAAAUAUUCCCUUGAAAAUUAUAUAAAAUGCUACGAAGGAACAAUAAUGCCUCUGUUCUCUGACGAGUAUUGGCUUUUGAUACCUUACACCGUGUUGCCACCGCAAGGUGUUCCCCAAAGACGGGGUAGGUGUCCUAGUCGAAGAAUUCCAAACGAAAUGGAUCUGCAAGGAAGAAGAUGUGGCAUUUGCCGAUCAGCCAAUCAUGAUGUCAGAAAAUGUAUUCAUGUAUCAAGCGAUGGUCGUGAAUAG